AUGAAACCGCCCGAGCCUGCUGGGGUGGGAGAGAGGAAUCACAGCUGUCUCCCUUACUCUUGGGACGUGCUCAGAUACCAGGGUGAUGGGCACCAGUGGUACGUCAGAGCAGAGGCAGGCGCGAUGGAGCUGAGCCGGAUUCUGGGGGACUCCGUCACUUUCCCUCUGGGGAUCCCAGCAGAGCAACUUAUAACUGUUUCCUGGACGGUAAACACAACGAGGAGUAUAGUAAUUGUAAUAGCAGGAAACCCCCCCAAUGUCAUUGUGACAGACCCAUCCUACGAGGGACGCCUGAGAGUCCCCGAGAACUACUUGCUUCAGAUCACCAACCUGAGGAUGGAGGACACGGGCACCUACAGAGCUCAUAUCACCACAGCUACAGGCACCAUCCACAGACCCUUCCCACUGCGCGUGUACAAGCAAGUACCGGAGCCAACUGUCCUCUGUGACUCAGUGACCUGUGUGAAUGAAACCUGUAGCUACAACCUGAGCUGCACCGUCAGGGAUGGAGGGGACAAUGUGACCUACAGCUGGACUCACACAGCAGGGGGCGCUGUUGUACCCGAUGAGUCCAUUCUGCACAUCUCUCUGAGCCCUGGGACCAUCACCUGCACAGCCCAGAACCCCGCCAGUAACAGCUCCACAACGGCCUCUGGAAAGGACCUUUGUGCAGAGUACUCCAGGGCAGCUGCAGACGAGGCGGAGCUGACCGGGAUUCUGGGAGGGUCGGUCACUUUCCCCCUGAGGAUCUCAGCAGCACAGAAAUUUAAAAACGGGGCCUGGUCGGUAAACACAAGGAGUCUAGUCACCGUCACCGCAGGGAAACCUCCCCGCGUCCUGGUGUUUGACCCAUCCUACGAGGGACGCCUGCGAUUCUCUGAUGAGAGCUACUCGCUUCAGAUCACCGACCUGAGGAUGGAGGACACGGGCAGCUACACCGUCGAAUUCAGCACAGACAAAGAGCAAUUCGCCUACAAAGAAUUCACGCUGCACGUGUCCAAGGGACAACUGCCACCCACCAUCGCCUGUGACUCAGUGGCCUGUGAGGAUGACGCCUGUAUCUACACCCUGCGCUGCGCCGUCAGGGAUGGAAGGGAGAACGUGACCUACAGCUGGAGUAACGCCCCCAGCAGCGUUCUGUCCACGGGCUCCAUCGUGCACAUCCCUCAGCGGCACCAGGCAGCUCGUGAGGACUUCACUUGCACGGCACGUGCCCCUGACGGGAACAGCUCCAGGAGGACGGUCUCCCCGAAGGACUUCUGCGCAGAGCAAGUGCCAGCGACAACGAUUGUCUGUGACUCGGUGACCUGUGACAAUGGAACCUGUCACUACACCAUGCGCUGCGUGGCCGGGGAGAGAGGGGGACAGGUGGCCUACAGCUGGACUCAAAAGGACAGCGGCGUGGUCGUAUCCACCAGAGCCACUCUGCGCGUCUCUCGGAGACCUUUCGAGGCUCUCCCGGCCGUCAUCUGCACAGCCCGGCACCCCGCCAGUAACAGCUCCAGGAUGAUCUCCCCGAAGGACCUGUGUCCAGAUUCCCCACCAGACCGGUCCCUGGCCUCGUUGCUGUCCUACCACCUCAUCAUCCUGCUGCUGGCGCUGGGAGCCCUGAGUGCCGGCCUCAUUGUGUAGCACGGCCUCCCCGGCAGGGAGCAGAGAUGGGACCAAGACCAGAGGAGCUUCCACUGCGGCUGCCAAUCCCACCAGGCACAGGCAUUCCCCAGCCUGCCAGGCCAAGGGAUGCAAGGGUGGGAGGACAGGGGACACUCACUUGCAGCGUCCGAAGGGUUAAUGUCACUGCGUGGGGAGCGAAGCAGAAACACUGGGUCCGGCAAUGGGGCUGUCAACUAUCUGAGCCUAUGGUGGAUCUCGUUAUUCACAUAAAUAUCUGGGAUUGGUUGUAUUUUAAUACGGAGGAUAUCUGGUAGCAGUGAGUUCCACAGGUUAACUCCCCAUCUCAUAAAUAAAGUCUCUGCCUUUUGA